UUCCAAAACCAUAAACCCUAGCGAGCACCAAGCAGCCACCAGCAAUGGACCCUAAAGAGGUGAAAUCGGAGCUGGUGCUCAUCCUAGACUAUGGUUCCCAAUACACACACCUCAUCACUCGCCGAAUCAGAAGCCUCUCCGUCUUCUCCCUCUGCAUCUCGGGCACCUCCUCUCUCUCCGCCAUCACUGCUCUCAACCCCUCCGUCGUCAUCCUCUCCGGCGGGCCUCACUCCGUCCACACCCCGGACUCCCCAUCCUUCCCCGAUGGCUUCCUCGACUGGGCCCAGUCAAACGGCGUCGUCCUCCUCGGCAUCUGCUACGGCCUCCAGCUCCUCGUUCAGCGCCUCGGCGGCGAGGUCCGCGUCGGCCAUACGCAGGAGUACGGCCGCAUGGAGAUCCACGUUGACAAGCCGUCUGACCUCUUCGGCAAUGAUAGAGUCGGCAGCAAGCAGGUUGUCUGGAUGAGCCACGGCGACGAGGCCGCCGUCCUCCCCCCUGGCUUCCAAGUUGUCGCACGCAGCCAGCAGGGCGCAGUCGCCGCCAUUGAGAAUCCUUCUAGAAAGUUCUAUGGCCUUCAGUAUCACCCUGAGGUGACGCAUACGCCGGAAGGGAUGGAGACGUUGAAGCGCUUUCUGUUUGAUGUUUGUAAAGUUGCUACAGAAUGGAAGAUGGAGGAUGUGAUGGAAGAAGAAAUUAAGGUGAUUAAGGAGACUGUUGGCCCUGAUGAGCAUGUCAUAUGUGCCUUGUCUGGUGGUGUGGAUUCCACGGUUGCUGCUACUCUUGUGCAUAAAGCCAUUGGCGAUCGCCUUCAUUGUGUCUUUGUGGAUAAUGGAUUGCUUAGGUAUAAGGAGAGGGAACGUGUGAUGGGGACAUUCAAAAAGGAUCUCCAUUUACCAGUUGUAUGUGUUGAUGCUGUAGACCAAUUUCUUUCGAAGCUGAAGGGUGUCACUGAUCCUGAGAUGAAGACUUUGAUGCUUUUGCUCAUGAGCUAGAGCAGAAACUGGGAAAGAAACCUUCUUACUUGGUUCAAGGAACCUUGUACCCUGAUGUGAUCGAAUCCUGUCCGCCCCCUGGAAGUGGGAGAACCCAUUCCCAUACCAUCAAGAGCCAUCACAAUGUCGGUGGUCUCCCAAAGGACAUGAAGUUGAAGCUUAUUGAACCUCUUAAACUACUAUUCAAGGAUGAGGUUCGUCAAUUAGGGAAGAUCUUAAAUGUUCCUGAGGGCUUUCUAAAACGCCACCCAUUCCCUGGCCCUGGUCUUGCAGUGAGAGUUUUAGGUGAUGUUACAGAAGGGGAUGCCUUAGAAAUUCUCCGACAGGUUGAUGAGAUCUUCAUUCAGUCAAUCAAGGAUGCUGGGCUUUACGAUGAAAUAUGGCAAGCCUUUGCAGUUUUCUUGCCAAUACGAUCUGUUGGAGUUCAAGGUGAUCAAAGAACACAUUCCCAUGUUGUUGCGCUCCGAGCUGUUACAAGUCAAGACGGAAUGACCGCUGAUUGGUACUACUUUGAGCACAAGUUCCUCGAUGAUGUAGCAAGAAAGAUUUGUAAUGGUGUGCGUGGUGUAAACCGAGUUGUGCAAGACAUUACCUCAAAGCCACCAUCAACAAUUGAAUGGGAAUAACAUGUUAUAUGUAUGGUGGAUUACACUGUAUAAAAGUAGCGAGGUAAAGGAAUUGAUUGGAGAGGGAAUCACAACUAAAAAAGUUGUAUAUUCGCCAAGUUAUUGGCUAUUUACUCAUUCAAUUUUCUUUCCUUCUUUGGAUGGAAUUUUUAUUUAGUGAGAUUGUUGUGGUUUUUGGGAUCCCUGUAGCUAGAUAUGAUUAGAACCAAUCAAACUUAGUGAUUUUUUGUCUUAUGAAUCAAUUAUAUCAAUCAAUCUGCAUUUGUUUUCA